ACGAAAGGCGGCCAUUUUUGGAUUUUUAAAAACAAUGACUCAUUUAUGAGCAGCUUCCUUCCACACGCAAAAAAACCUAGAUUUUUUAGAAAAAGUUCAUUUAAUCGGUACGCAAGUUGUACUAAGUGGUGCAAGUGUGAUCAGAGUACACAAUUAUAAUAAAAUUGAUCGGAGCGAAACCCAGGAAACCUUCGGCGAAGUCCUCUCGAUAAAGACAAGCUACCGAGAGGAAAGCAGCAAACACAAAAGUUGGCGUUUAUAGAUCGUUUCACAACACUAUCGGAAUGAAUCAGCAGGAACGCCAGUUGAUUCUACGCCAGGUUGACCAACUGGUGCAGAAUACCAGGUAUCAAGUGUUACGCAACGAAUGCUACCAGCGGCGGAUGAUUUCGGAUGCUAUGAUCGCAAUUAUCGAGGAUCGCAUUCCUGACGAUGCCUCUCGACACAAGAAACUUUUUGAAAAGAUCACCAAACGGGGGCCAACGGCAUUCCAGACAUUGUUAGACAUUUGCCAGCAAAAUUUUCCGCCAGCAUACGAUUUGCUCAGAGGUGGAUCGCCAGGUGCAUCAAGCUCAACAAACAACCAAAAUAUAAAUUCCAGCAAUAUGCUAAGCGUUAACGAGAAAAACGAUGACUCCCAGUAUCAUUCCACGUAUAAUCCGAACCGUCAUCGUUCUAUUAGUGUCGGGCACCCGGGAGCUUCUGGACCUAUGAUUCCUCUUCAACAAAAAAUGCAUCGAUUGUCCAUCGGAUCGCCUCGAAAUUUUCCCUUGGAAGACGAUUUGAAAAAUAACAAUGAUCGUACCGACAAACCCUGUAAACAUCUCGAUGUGUUCCAAGAUAAAGUAGAAGAACAUCCCGGAUUCAAAGUAGUGUUAACUAACAGACCUCCCAAAACCAAAUAUCUGGACGCCUAUCCAAUGCGGAGCCGAAAUCGGGGGGUGGUGUUUAUCCUCAACAUUAUCACUUAUAUCAAUGACACCCAUCCGAAGCGAAACGGUGCAGACGUGGACAAGGAUAAUUUGGUUUAUCUUUUCCGACAGCUGGGCUUCACCGUGUUUUACUACGAAGAUCUGUCGAGAGGGGACUUUAUGGACUUGAUGGAACAACUGAAAGCCUCCGAUUAUCUGUCAACCGAAUGUUUCGCAUUCUACGUUUUGGCGCACGGGAAUCACACCAAGGGAAGGGACAAAAUUUACUUGAACGAUAAUUCGGUCCUGUUUGUCGAGGAAAUUCUACGACUUUUCAAUAACACCGAAUGCCCAAGGUUGAUCCGGAAGCCAAAGUUGUUUUUCUUCUCCAUUUGUCGAGGCGAUCAAGCAGAUAUCGGUACUCUCAGACCUUCAGAGCAUACUGAACGGGACGGAAUGAUCAAUCCGAAAACGGAUCCCCCCACAAAUAUGCCGACCUAUGCGGAUAUGUUCAUCUGCUUCUCGACUGUGCCAGGUUUUGCCGCCCACCGGGACAAAUUCAAAGGGUCGUGGUUCGUAGAAAGUAUGUGCGACGAGUGGGCCAAACAUGCCCACGAUACAGACGUGGAGCAGCUAAUGAAGCUGGUCGGCAAAAACACCAGUAUGUACCGAACCGAGCAAAACAAUCUCCAGACGUUGGCCAGUGAGCAGCGCGGAUUUUUCGACCUGCUGUAUCUGAAUCCGGGAUACUACGCGGACUAAACAGGUGUGUCAGGUUGGUUACUCAAUACAAUAAUAGCUCACCACUAGACUAUUCCUACUCGCAUUACCGUCCAUUAUCGAUACCAAGCACUAACAAUAUGGGACUGUUUAGCGAGUGGGCACUAAAAUUAUCUUGACAAUUUUCUCGAAGAGACAUUGCAAUCAAAACUGACACAGCUAGAAACAAGUGAUAGCGUUUUGUAUCAUUAGAUGAUAGUUUAUUUGUUACAUUAUUCCAAAUAAUUUUAAAUCAAAACUCAUAAUAAAGUUUGAAAAUCUA